UAUUAGAGCAACAAAACGCAUCAAAAUGGCUAUACUUAGAAGAUUUACCUUGUUAUGUGCUUUAGUACACAUGUGUGUCACGACUGAAUAUGUUCUUAACAAUAAACCUUUUCCGAAAAAUGAGGGAUUCACUUUUGGUACUGCUACUGCCGCCUACCAGAUAGAAGGAGGUUGGAAUGAAGAUGGAAAAGGAGAAAGUAUGUGGGAUAGAUUUACACAUCUAUUUCCUGAAAAAAUCAUGGAUAAAUCUAAUGGGGAUAUUGCUUGCGACACUUAUCAUAAAUAUAAAGAAGAUAUUGAAAUUUUGAAAGAUCUUGGUGUAACUCAUCAUCGAUUUUCCAUUUCCUGGCCGAGAAUUCUACCCAAUGGUUUGGUCAAUCACAUCAAUCAAAAGGGUAUAGACUUUUACAAAAACUUUAUCAAACUACUGAAAGAAAAUAACAUAGAACCAGUAGUAACCCUAUCUCAUUGGGAUAUCCCAGAAAUUCUACAAGAACAAGGAGGGUUCCAAAACUAUAACUUCCCCGAUUGGUUUUCCAACUAUUCUAGAAUCUGCUUCGAAAAUUUCGGAGACGAUGUUAAAUAUUGGAUUACUUUCAAUGAACCUACUAUCCAAUGUACUGGUUACGGGCAAAACUUUUAUAUUCCCUUCGUCGCUCCCUUCGCUCCAGGAUAUAACUUGACCACCGUAGGAGGAGAAUACGUGUGUAUGCAUAAUUUGAUCAGAUCACACGCUGCAGCUUAUCACCUUUACCAAAAAGAAUUCAAAGCCAGGCAAAACGGAAAACUCACCAUAGCUAACGCUGCUUGCCGUUGCUAUCCCGCUAGCGACAGCCGUGAAGAUAUUGAAGCAGCUGAUAGGUGCAUGCAAUUUUCGUUGGGAUGGGUACUUCAUCCAAUUUACUAUGGUGAUUACCCCGAAGUUAUGAAAGAACGUAUCGACUACAGAAGUAAAAUUCAAGGGUAUCCCGAAUCUCGUUUACCUAAAUUCACAUUAGCUGAAAGACAACUUAUUAGGAAAACAUCAGACUACGUAGCUAUCAAUGCUUACUAUACAACUUACGCUAAAAGCACACCUGAAAAAGAAAUAAACGAUAUCAGCCCUUACAGUGAUGCAAAACUUACGGUAACUUUUGCAGAGGGACUCGGGAAUACUGACGGAAUGGGUGAUUUAUUACUUUGGGCUCAUAACGAAUAUGGAAAACCAGAUAUUUUUAUAACAGAAAACGGUUUGGGAUUGGAAACUGCUUCAUUAGAAGAUGAUGAUCGUCUCACCUUCUUGAAGUAUUCAUUAAGUCACUUCAGAGACGCAAUGGAUGCCGGUGUUAACUUAUUGGGUUACACGGUUUGGAGUUUAAUGGACAACUUCGAAUGGUUUAUCGGCUACAAUACAAAAUAUGGAAUCUAUCAAGUUGAUUUUAACAGCCCCAACAGAACGAGAGUAGCAAGAAAAUCCGCCGAAUGGUAUAAACAAUUCAUUCAAACACCAUGUGUUCACCUUAACUGCACUCUUUAAAUAAAUGAAUUUCUAUAAGACUGUUUUCAGGACUCCAGGUGUAUUUAUAUAGUAUAAUCAAUGUACAGUUUUAUAUUUUAAUAUUAAACUGCGUAUACCUGGUUAUUUUGUAUCUAGAAUAUAACAAUAAAUAUGUUUAUCAUUA